CCACCCAUGAAAAGGCCCGGAUGUGGGUGUGGCGGAUGACGUCAAUAGCCCAAGAUGGCUGCUGCAGUGGCGAUGAAAAGUGGGGUAUCUGCUGAUUUUAAGAAGAAAACCGGACAAAUGGCGAAGGGGAGCUCGUCGGAAACAUCAGCAAACAAGUACUGUGCCUACAAGGACUGUAAGGAACAAAAUCAAGUGUACACUGCGUGUGACCGCUGUAUGGAGACAUUUUGUGACAAGCAUUCCAACAGCACUGUUCAUCGCUGUUUCAAGGAAAGAGAGGUGGUGGAGGGGGUGAAGAUCAGAGGAGACACAACAACCAAUGGGGACCUGGCCACAGAACAGGACCAGCUGGAUGAAGGAAUGGACACCGGCCACGAGAAGCGAGCAUUCCAAGACGAGCCCGUCGAUCUUUCCAUGAACGGAGUCAAAGCAACAAAACUGUCGGCGCUGUCUGGACACAGCACGUUAGGAGACAUGAUCGGUCGGACAAACCUGCAGCACAUCGUGGUCCCGCUGGUCUCUCCGCCCGUCCUGCCGCACUCGCAGGUCGUUGCCACGUUACCGCUCACGGUCGUCACGACGCUGGCACAGUCGCUGCCCAUCACCACAGUCUCGAUACACGACCUGAGGAGUAACCUGGCUAAAGGUGCUACAGAUGACAUUGCCAUCUCUGUCCCGACAUCGUUCACCCUCCCGUCAGCCACUAACGAGGGCCACGACGACAUCCCUACUGUCACACUGGACACGGUGAACAAGACUGGGUCAUCUGCACUCAUCAACAUAGCAGAAGCAGCAAACAUGCCCCCGGCCCACAUCGCGUCUCUAAGACAGCGGAUUGAGCUGGACCCUCAGGACGAGCUGCAGAAGAGAAGGCGAGUCCACAAGUGUGACUUUGAAGGCUGCAACAAGAUCUACACCAAAAGUUCCCACCUCAAGGCACACAGGCGUACACAUACAGGAGAGAAGCCAUACAGAUGCACGUGGGAUGGAUGUACGUGGAGAUUCGCUCGCUCCGAUGAACUAACACGGCACUAUAGGAAACACACGGGCGCAAAGCCCUUCAAGUGCGACAAAUGUGAGAGGUCAUUCUCGCGGUCUGAUCACCUGGCGCUUCACAAGAAGCGACACUGAGGUCAUAGGUGAAAGGCCCAAGGUCAGAGUUGAAGACCAAAGGAUUCAUCGUGUCAACUUCAUUUUGGCAUUGAAGACUGGGUCACCAGGUGUAUGGUGGUUGUACUAGGAUCCAUGUCACCUGAAGGGCACAUGUGAUCAUUGAAAGUAAAAUUAUGGCCAAGGUCAAAUCUAACACUGUUUAGAUUGUGAAGGUCACAGUGUUGGCACUAGUGGCAAGGUCAGGGUAGUGCACUUGUAUGUUGUUUCUUGAGGAGGUUCAGUUUACAGGAGAAACUGAGAAAGUUUUUUGAGUGACCGGCCUGUAAUGACAGGGUGUGACCUGUGCUAUGAUGUGUGUGUGACUGUUCUCAUGUAUGUGUAUGUUUGUGUGUCGUUUGGUUGGUUGACAAGGAUGCCAUGGUAUGAAACAUUUUACGAGUCUUCCCAUAACCCUGUAGGGGAAUUCCUCUGUGCCUAGAUGCACCCAGGAAUAGUCUGGUCUCAUCAAAGUCAAAUCUGGCUGGUCCAACAUUUGGACAGGGUUAGUUGCAUGGAUUGCAGUGCUCUCCCUUGCCAGAAGGGGGCGUUUCUGUGCUGACCAUGAAUUUUGUCACUACUCGGACUAGACUGAGGGACUUUAACAUUUAUACUCUACUAGAUGGUUCAGUGAGGACAUCAGCAAUUGUGUAUGCUUUGUAACCUUUCAAGAAGAUGUAAUGACACGUAGGUAGAUGUUGGGAGGAGUUCACUUACCAGACCAAUCUAGUGUGCAUCUUAUAUUGUGUGUAGUAUCAACUUAACAUUUUACAACUUGUAACAAUGGUAUCUUAAGUUUCUCUUGUUUCUUUGUUUUUUUACUCUUGCUUAUUAUAAGGAUGGGGAAGCCAGCACUGGUGCUGUUCUUUUUACCCUGUUGCAACCAUAGAAGGCUUGUAAAGCCAUCGGAAGUUUUGGUUGGUGCCUGUUUCAAGGGUGCCUGUUUUGUACCUGCAGUUUUAUCAUUGAUUGCUAGGUGGUGCUUUAUCAGUAUUCCAAAGGUCAUGAAAGGCAGGAACUUUUGUGACCAACAUUAUGACAGUGGUGUAAGCUGUAUAUUAAUUUGAAUAAUUUGCUUGCCUCAUUGAUAAAUGGAUAACAUUGUGAUAAUUAAUAAUACCAUAUUUGCAGCAAAAAUGUAGCCAAGACAUGUGAAUUAUUGUCUUGCAUAUCAUGUACAUAGUAGUGAAUUCUCAUGCUGUAACAAGUAACCAAUGGAUUUUAUUGCUUAUCUGCUAAGAGCAUGUAAUUCAUCUACAGUUGUAACAAAUUUUGACAUUUUAACCAGAGUUUAUGAUAUUUGAAUUUUUUUUUCAGUCCCUCCACGCAUCAAAUAAUUUCUAAUUCAUAGAAAAGUAGUAUCAAUAUAUUAAUAAGUACAUGUAUCACUGUGCACUUAAGUAAAACAGACAGGAUUGAUACUAGUGAUGUAGUCUUGUCAUUCACUAAAACAACACAACUACUGCUAAAAUCCAACAUUAUGACUACCCUACUUCCAUUAACAUUCUUUGUCAAGGCUAUAGUGACCCCAUUACGAAACAUCGGCUACAUGGUGUAUUUUUACUUUUAUACCAUCUCCUCAAUGUAAUAGAGGCCGUUUUCAGCUCUUUCACACACAUAUAUAUACAUGUUCGCAGAUGUAUUUGUUUGUUUCAAACUUCAUGUUAUCAGGACAAAGUCAAUGUAUCAAAGAGAUUUUCUUACUAACACAGACUUAUCCAUUUUCAGGGAUAUUUAGUAAUGUAAGCAAUGGUCUCUACAGACAGAUACUAGUAGUUGUUGUUGAUGGUUAUUAAAAGUGAAAAGUAGCCGCUUAUCUUUCUCCAGUUGAAGUCCAUUAUUGGUCUUCAUUUUUUAAAAUCUAUUUGGCUUAUUUUAGAAGGGAUGAUAGAGAAAUACGUCAUUGAUUUAGAAAACAUAUCUCUCCUCUGAAUGAAAAAGAGAAUUAUGUACACAUACUACCAGCUACCCCAUUCCAACAAAGGCUGCAUAUUUCUUGGUUUAGAGAAAGUCUUACUUCUUAAAUUAGAGACAUAGUUGGACAUGUUGUUCUGAAGGGCUUAUUGCAAUGCUGUUUAUUAUGUUAAGGAUCAUAUUAAAGCUAUCACACCCCGGCAAAGAAAGACUGGUUGGCAGAGAAGUCAUCAGUUCUGCUGCAUUAUCACGAUGAUUGUUGUUCCAACCUCUACACAGUUUCACAAAUGAUGUAUCAAAUCUGGAAAUACAGUGAAUGGUGAUAUCUA